AUGAAACUUGAUAAGAAUUGUGGGGUUCCCAUGCCUCCUCUUCUAAUUGAUCCGGAAAUCGAAUUUUACAUCGAUGAGCCCACUUUUGAUCCUGAUAUUCAUUUGACAAUGACCGAACCAGAUUUUGUCGUAUUACUCGAUGGUUUUCAACAUGUGCCGAAAGCGCCACAACUUCCUCAACCUGUAGCAUCCAAUGGUGAUAGCCAAGUGGCUUAUAGUGGUCCAUUUCCAUUGUUAAGUGAUGAAGACUAUCGAGUAUUACAUACGUAG